AUGCGGUACAACAGAAUUCGGAAGAGCCCUCUACAUAUCCUCGCAGACUCUUUCAUCCCGGCCGGUAGCACCGACUAUACCACGGUCGUGAUCCUGCACGGGUACGCGUACCACAGCGGCAUAUUUGCGAAGCUCCUUCCCCUGGCGCCAGCUUAUAACGCACGCGUGAUGCUCGUGAACCGCCGCGACUAUCUCGGGAGCGCGCCGUUCACAGAGGCCGAGCUUGCGCUCCUACCAUCGCAGCCCCCCGGGCCAACAGACGACGCCGACGCGUUUGCGGCCGCCAGGGAGAAACUCCAGACUUUCAUGAAGGCGCAAGCGCGAGAGCUGUAUGACUUCCUGGAAAUACUGGUGGAAGGCGGGGACGUCCCGGCGGCGGAUCGCAUGAACAACACCGGCGGGAUCGUCGUGGCCGGAUGGUCUAUGGGCGCGGCGUGGAUGACGGCGCUCCUUGCGCACGCGCCCUCCUUUUACACGGGGGGUUUAAAUCUGGCCCGCUAUAUCCAACGCGUGGUCUUCCUCGACCCACCAUUCCGCCUCCUAGGCUACCCCAAUCCCGAGAAUAGGCUUUACAACCCGCUCUUCGACACCGAGCUUCUGCCCGAGGAGCGCGAAGAUGUGUUCGCAAAGUGGGUAAGCGGGUACUUCGCGCACGGGGACACGGUCGAGACGCUCGCGUUGAACACGCCCCUCCCGGAGCCGCCCUCAACGCUCUUGACGCUUACCGCGGAAGACGUUGAGCGCGUUCUGUGUCUCCCUCCGGGUGCUCCCGGUGGCUCGGAAGCGCUCCUGCUGCACGGGGGGAUCGCGGUCGGACUGUGGAAGGAUUUACGGGAAGCCGCGCUGGCCUUGCCAGACAACGCAAAAGGGGUGGGCAACGGCGACGCUUGGAGGGAGGUGGAGGUGUGCAACGUGACGUGCGAACAGUCGGUGUGUGAUUGUCUAUUCGCGCGGAUGUGCCUGAGAGAAGAAGUGGAGGCGGCGAAGGCCAAGGGCUGCCCGACGAGGGACGUGCGGUUUGUGCUAAUCAAGGGCGCGAAUCACUUCGUGCAGUGGGAUCAGCCAGAGCUCGUUUUGCGCGCGUUGGUCGGAGACGAGGACGUGGUCGAGUGA